UACUGAUAUGGUUGAUGGUUGAGGCUGUCGCCACAGUUGGUGGUGGCGGGGGGAGAGAGAGAGAGAGAGAGAUGUCGAGAUUGCGAAGACUGAUCCAAGCUUCAGUUGAUGCUACUAAGAAAGUUAUAUCCGGUAAUCUUGAUGAUUUGAUGCCACCACCGGAGAGACCCAUCUUCAGCUUCAAUUCCAAGCAAGAGUUAAGCAAGUGGCAUUUGUAUUCUGAUUCUGAAUUUGGAGGUUUGUCCUCUGCGUCUCUGCAGAUAACUGAGUCGGAAAAUGGAGCAACUUCUGGAAUCUUCUCCGGGAACCUUUCUCUGGAUGUCUCUGAAGGCUCUAAAUGGAACAUCACUCGAAGUGGCUUCUGUGGAAUGCGCUCAAAAAAGUUUGAUGGCUUUAUUGAUUUGGAUUCAUAUGAUACUAUUGCUAUGAAACUUAAAGGAGAUGGAAGAUGUUAUAUAUCUACUAUCUACACGGAGAAUUGGGUCAAUUCACCUGGACAGAUGGAAGAUAAUUCAUGGCAAGCUUUUGUUUAUGUGCCUGAAGGAAACUGGUAUAUCAUGAAGAUUCCUCUAGCUCGAUAUUUACCUACUUGGAGAGGGAACGUUAUAGAUGCACAAAUCGAAAUGAAUCCAUCCCGUGUUUUAGGCAUGUCUCUAUCUGUCAAUGCUGAGGGUGGUGUCCCAGGUGCUAGAUCUGGACCAGGUGAUUUCAGAGUUGAACUUGAUUGGAUCAAAGCCAUGAGAACAGAAUAAAGUAUUGGUUAUGCAUAAAAAUUAAGAUUUUUUCUCUUCUUUUAGGGUGCUUUAUUUUUUUGUAAUAAUAAUAAUGUAUCAUUUUAUGGUUCAUAAAAGGAAAAUAUAUUUGGUAGUUAUUCCAGUACCAGUACUCUUCCGGUAUUAUUGAGUGGUAUGGUAGGUGCAAUAAUGGAAGCACUUUCGGAAACAAAAUUCAUUGUUUUCAUCAUGCUCAUAGAAGAAAAAUCAAUACUGAUUGUCACCUUGAAAAUAUUGCAGACAUAAUGGGAUUGUCGGUCAUCAAUUAAGUGAGGUGAAUUUGAUAGAAAGGUGCAUUACCACUAACCAUGUAAUAGGGGCAAAUAUCAUUAUCACUUAUCAGUUUGUCUUGUACCCAUACCUAAAUUAAAGCUAGCUUAUUUCCAGCAA